GGAACAGGAAAUCCGGCCUCUUCCUUCUGAUUUUGCUUAUGAGCGGCAACCUUCACAGAAAAGAAAAACAAACAAACAAUGUUGCAGCUUCAGUUUUCAUCUUCUCAAACCCUAAACCUUAAGCUAUGCCCAUGUAACUCUUUGUCAAAUUCAAAACAUUGCACUUUUACUUACAUCUCUUCAACUGCAAAUUUCUUUAACAUCAAAAAGAACAAACUUUCAGUCAAAUGCCGUCAAUCGGAGUACUAUGAGCAAAAGAGUUUCCCCUUCUCUCCCAACGACUCCACUGUUGGUUCACAAUCUUCUACUGAAGUAUCAGUUGGAACAUUGCCACCGAAGGUUUAUGUGGGUCAUUCAAUAUACAAAGGGAAGGCAGUCCUUACAGUGGAACCUAGAGCACCGGAAUUUGUCUCUUUAGAUUCAGGGGCAUUUAAAUUAUCCAAGGAAGGUUUUGUGUUGCUGCAGUUUGCUCCUGCAGCUAGUCUUCGACAAUAUGAUUGGAGUAGAAAGCAGGUAUUCUCACUAUCGGUUACUGAAAUUGGAACUUUGGUUGGCCUUGGUGCAAGAGAAUCUUGUGAAUUUUUCCAUGAUCCCUUCAAGGGAAGAAGUGAGGAAGGCAAGGUAAGGAAGGUGUUGAAGGUGGAGCCGCUUCCUGAUGGAUCUGGCCACUUCUUUAACCUAAGUGUUCAAAACAAGCUUAUCAACCUCAAUGAGAGUAUUUACAUUCCCAUUACAAGAGCAGAGUACACGGUCCUUGUCUCUGCAUUCAAUUAUAUAUUACCAUACCUUCUAGGUUGGCAUGCCUAUGCAAACUCAAUAAAACCAGAUGAUACCAGCCAUGCAAAUAACACAAAUCCCAGAUAUGGAGGAGACCAUGAAUGGAACCGGUGACGAGCAGUGCAGUGCAGUGCAGUGGACCUUAUAGUCUUGGUGCAAGAAUAUAUCCGUUUGAUCUUUUUAGCCAUUCUUUAAUGUGUAUGGGUUCUACUGGAUAAAUCUUCCUGAAAAUUUUGUGUUUGUCCUCUGGUUUCCUGAGUGUGAACAGGCUUAUAGAUAAUCUUUGGUCGUUUGUAAUGAUACAUGUUCUUUGGCUGUUUGAUUUUAGGAAUUAUGCAGGUCAUUGAUUUUAAUUAAUAAGAAUUAUAUGUACAAAAAUGACUUUGGUAAA